CGCUCCUCCUGUUUGGUUAGGGAGCAGCGCCUGCAGCCUGGAGAUGAGGGCAGGAGGAGCAGGGGACUCCCCGGCAGCACUACAACUCCCGGCAGCCGCCGCGGCGGGAGAGACCACUGCACCGCGGCGACUGGACAUGGCGGCCGAGGCUCCCGCCUUCGUCCUGGGGAGACCGCGCUUCGAGCAGAACACGUUCUACGGACGAUUCCGCCACUUCCUGGACAUCAUUGACCCGCGCACGCUCUUCAUCACUGAGAGUCGCCUUAAGGAGGCCGUGCAGCUGCUGGAAGAUUACAAGCAUGGAACGCUGCCCCCUGGAGUCUCGAAUGCAGAACUCUGGGCGGCUCAGAAGAUAAAGCAGGCAAUCAUCCACCCGGAUACAAAUGAGAAGAUUUUCAUGCCUUUCCGAAUGUCAGGUUAUAUCCCCUUUGGGACCCCCAUAGUUGUGGGUCUUCUGCUGCCAAAUCAGACCCUGACAUCUACAGUCUUCUGGCAGUGGUUGAAUCAGAGUCACAACGCAGGCGUCAACUAUGCAAAUCGCAACGCGAGCAAGCCUUCUCCCACAUCCAAGUUCAUUCUGGGAUACACUGGAGCUGUCGUCAGCGCGGUCUCUAUCGCAGUCGGCCUUAAUUCUCUGGUUCAGAGGGCAAAUAAAUUUUCUCCUUCUACCAGACUCUUCAUCCAGCGAUUUGUGCCAUUUCCAGCUGUUGCCAGUGCCAAUAUUUGCAAUGUGGUCUUAAUGAGACACAGCGAGCUGGAGGAGGGCAUCGACGUGCUGGACAGCAGCGGGCAGACGGUCGGCUCCUCGAGAAUAGCUGCCAAACACGCUCUGCUAGAGACAGCUCUCACCAGAGUGGUGCUCCCCAUGCCUAUCCUCGUUCUACCUCCCAUUAUAAUGUCUGGACUUGAAAAGACAUUGUUGCUGCGAACAUAUCCAAGACUGACCCUCCCCGUGCAUAGCCUUGUGUGCCUUGCUGCCUUUGGACUGGCUCUCCCUUUAGCCAUCAGUCUCUUCCCCCAGAUGUCUGAGAUUGAGACCUCACAACUGGAGCCAGAAAUUGCGAUGAACACCACCUCUCGGACGGUGGUCUACAACAAAGGAUUGUAAGCCAAAUUUGGUCACCUCAGCACCGAGCAAUGAAGAAAAGUCUCCCUUUCCCCGUCACUUACCACAGAGCAAGGAACAGACGAACACCUGAACUCUCCCUCGUUCCCGACAGCUGGGGAAAAUUAACACAUUUAUAGAACUAUCAACUCUCCGAGGUAGAAGAGUUACUGGAUUCAUGUCUUACUGUUGCUAAGGGGGACUAGAAAUAGCACAAUAAUGUGGUACCAAUAAUUUUUUUUAAAAGCCAUUAGAUUACAAAAAAAUAUAUUAAAGAAAAAAUAAUUCCAUAAGAUCACAAUCACUGCAUGAAAAGGGAAUGAUUCAUCCAAUUAGCCUGCGUAACGUCACCCAGAUCAGCGUCAUUAACACACGUCACCUCUAGAAGAUGAAUCUUGAUGAUGCCGCUAGACCAAGUUCGAUAGCUAACGCCAAGCCUGACUAUACAACACAAAAAUUAGAAGGAAAAAAAUGUAGUUCCACAUCCAGCACCAGCGUGACGUUACACCAUAGACUCUGACACUUAUGUAGGACGUCUUAUACAGUAUGCCUUAGUUGGCGAGUUCCGCGUGGCUCAUACUAACGGUAUGUGAAGCGUAUUCCAUAGAACUUAGGUUUAGAUACAUUGUGAGUUAUAACUUGAGUUCAUAGCUGAAAUUUACAGUUUCGUCACUUACCGUAACUUGCGUUCAAGAUCUGUAUUUUCAGUACGUGACUACUUGUUUCCGUGGUGCCAUUAGGUAUGUUGACAAUCUGGGCAGGAACAAUUAAUACAAAGUCUAAAGCUGGUCAUACACAUUUGGUGGACGUUGGCCGAGCCCACCAAUUUUGGCAAAAAAACAGACAACUAUUGUUGUGUCUAGGUUCUCCACCAAUUGGACAAAUCAGGGGGGAAGAAAAACGUUGACAAUUUAGAUGGAGCAAUCAUCGGUACGGCACUUGACUAGCCAAUUCGUAGUGCAGUCAUUUGGCAAAUACAGUUUGAAAGAUGCCUUUUCCUUGUUUGUUGACUGAUCACUGGACAUGGUUUUUCGAAAGCGUAAUCGAUUGCCUGAUCGUCAAGCCGUGUAAAAAGGCCUUAAGUUCUUGUGGGAGAUAAGCCAUUGCCAAAGAAGUUUGGCAAUGGCUUAUUCCCAUCGAAAACACAUGCUCACUCGGCCAAGCCCAGUUCGCAUGUGUACGAGGGGGGAGGAAGAAAUGCUAUUGGCCAAACAAACAUUCAGCUGUCGAGGGGGUCUGGGCACCUUAAAACAACCACACCAGAUCCAGUUAAUAUUAGUGGCAUCUGUUGUUAAUCUUACAUGCAUGACCACAGCAGACCUCAGAUUAUCAGUAGAUGUCACCAGAAUUAGCAGAUAAAUAUCUCAUGUCUAUGGCCAGCUUUGCAAUAGAAUAAAAUCUAUUGGACAUACAGCAGAAGAGUGAAGGGGGAGGUCCGCAGGCAUGGAAACCAGUUAUGGGAUUCUUUCUACAUCUAAAGGAGGGCCAUACACAAUAGAAGUGUAACAUCGAAUGAUCAUUUUAGCUGGUCAACGUCUGAAAACAAUUCAACCAUGUUUAGAACAACUCCAAUGGCCAGUAUGGUCCCUAAGGAAGUAAACAAGAAAGAAUCUAUAAUGAACCGUAUGGCAGAUAUUGUCUGGAGAGCGAAUUGUAGUGCUAUAGUAGCAGAACAUUGGAUAUAGAGUCAUAACAGGCGAAUGGUGGACCCCUUCUGCUGUAGAUGUAACAGUGUGGUCUCUUCAUUGCUAGCUUUAGUUGAAAAUGCAGGAAGAUGUAAGUUAAGCUCCAUUUAUUAACUUUUUUCUGUCUGGUACACAUAUCUCACCUUUAUUAAUAUACCUCAAUAUACUAGAUCUCAUAAGCUGGAGGUCAUCUUACUUAAUCAGGUUUGAUUGUUAUGUGUCUAACCAUCUCUCACUUGGUGACAUCUUACUUGACUUGAUACUACCAGGCUGGAUUACUGGAGACCUCACUUGGGCAAAUCUAAUUAUAUUUCACUAAAAAGAUCGUUACUCAUCCAGAUGGUCAUUGUUUCUUCAGAUUACAAUGGAAGAGAUCUCUUCAAUUCCAUAUGGUCAGUAAUUCUUCAUAUUACGCCCGCUGAGAUCCUUUCACAUCUAGAUGGUCAUUGUUUCUUCAGAUUACAUUGGAUGAGAUCUCUUCACAUCUAUAUUGGCACUGAUUCUUCACAUAUGUCAGUUGAGAUCCCUUCACAUCUAGAUGGUCAUUGUUUCUUCAGAUUACAUUGGAUGAGAUCUCUUCACAUCUAGAUGGUCAGUGUUUCUUCAUAUUCCACUGGACAAGAUCUCUUUACAUUGUUUACUCAUUGGUCAAUGUUUACUCAUAUUAACCUGUAAGAGAUGUCUUCAUAUUAGAUGGUCAAAGUUUCCUUAUACUACACUGGAUGACAGUCUAGAUCGUCAGUUUCUUCAUAUUACACUGGACAAGAUCUCUUCACAUCUACAUGGUCAGUGUUUCUUCAUAUUACAGAGGACGAGAUCUAUUCACAUCUAGAUGGUCAGUGUUUCUUCAUAUUACAGAGGACGAGAUCUAUUCACAUCUAGAUGGUCAGUGUUUCUUCAUAUUACACUGGACAAGAUCUCGAUGGCCAAUGGUUCCUCAUACUACUUGGAGACUUCCUCACAUAUAUCCUCCUUCAAAUUCUCUGUGGAUUUCGUUUACAUUAUGUUGGCGUCCACUCUAUCAGUUUUAAGAGAUUCUGAUUUGAUAAAUGCUGAUCCCAGGGGACCUAUUUUAGGGCUUUGGCUUUAGGAGAAGUAGCAGAGCUGCUAAAACUUGAUAAACAGUAAUAUAAGUAGAUGUCUAUUACACAUAAUCUCCUAACCCAACUUUUAGUGUUGCUCAUUUUCCCUAUGUUCUGAAGAAAAUCUUUUAUAUGGUGUGUAUGCACUAACCACAUUUUCUUGUGCAGUCAUUGGUCAUCCACCAGUCAUAAGUUGGGUUGAGAACAACUUUUGAAGAAAGUUAAGUGCUGUAUUUCUCAUGUUUCACUGACUGAUUGAAUUCCAAUGACAUUCUGUUUUGUGUUGAUUUUAUCAAGUGACAGAUGAUGUGACGAUGAGAGGAGGCUUGAUUUUUAACUGUCUUACAAAUUAAUUAUGAUAAUUGAGAAAUAGCGCUUGGUGGGUAAACUGUGAAUGCAAUGGUUAUAGUGAUGCAAGAUACAUUGCUAAUUUAUCUAGAUCAAAGUGAUGAAAGACAAUCUUCUAUAUGGGAACAUUUAAGGUAUUAGAUACAUUCUGGCCAAUUACAAUGAAACUGGAUGUUCUACUAAUGUUCUGCUUCCCCUACCCAUGAAAGUCGGACAGUAAGGAGGAAUUCGUGUCGGCCAUUCUAAGGAGUAUGGCUAUUUUCAAAGUGGGGUAGUUGGCCAACUGAGAAACAAUGACCAUUGGUGGCAGGUCCACAAACCUUGGUACAUUUUCCCAGUGAUCUGUCAACAUUGCCAGGGCAUAACACCAUAGCAUGAAUUUAUCACAAAGCUCCAACCAUUUUCUGAAAUUUCAAGCAUAUUGCCACAGUGUAGUAUUAGUAUUGCCAUGUUCUGUCCUGUUGUGUUCAUGGAUGUCAUCCAAAAGCUUAAAAGUUUCUAUAAACAUUUUAUAUCACUAAUGGAUCAGGAUCAUAAGACAGUGAGAAGACUAUGAAAUUGGGUUCUGUUCGAAGGUCUCUACCAGAGUUGUAGAGCCAGAAGUGUUUUAAUGUAGGAGAAGUAAUUGGUUCCCAAAAGAUAUAAGCAAUGACGGCUUUGUGCACAUUCCAUUAAUUGCUAAUUAAUUAUUCUGCCCUGUUUAAUGAGGCAGGAGAGUCUGAAAACAAGAGCUCUCCACCCCACCACACCACCACUUAUUGUAGGACAGGGAAUUGAGUGUAGCUGGUAAUGACAUUACACCCAUGCUAUAUAAUUAGAGAACAGACCAAUGAACCACAAGUAAUUGAUUCUUAGUACAUUAAUUAAUGGAAAAAAAUGAAGAAGAGGGCAAGUGAUAUGUGAUUAUGAUAAUACAAGGUCAUGUUACAUCAUACAGCAGGGCAGCCCUCAUCCUUCGGGAGCUUAGAGGGAUCUGUAGUACAAUGGGUGGUUUUAUUCCGAACUGUCAGCCUUCCCAAUUUUUAGAUAACUCCGCCUAAAACUGGCCAAACCCAUAUGGAUAAAAUACUAGUGCUCCCACAUCACCUGGGAUCAUGCGCUCUCUUUCCAUAGUCCUCCAGUUUGGUCCAAACUGUAGAACAAUGUCCAAUGACUUCUCCAUUGCCGGUAGAGAAAUGACUGUAUUUGUUUGGUUGUAAGUGUUUCCAGUACCUUUGUUUAGCACAUGUUCCAUUAAGUUUAUACAUAGUUAUUCCCAAUCUCCACUUUGGAGCUAAUUUUUCCAAACUUUGAGAUUGUAGAUGUCUUCACUUGACCUCUAAACCUAAUAAUUGCUAUAUUUCAUCGGAUAGUGUGGUCUGCUGUACUGCAGAACAUCUUGUCCGAUCUUCACUGUUUGUUACACCACAAUGAAUGUCGUAUUUUUAUAAUCUUCUAGAAUUUUAGCCAAAAUCACCUGUUAAGGAUUUAGAUGAGGUGCUGAAAGAAAUAUCACCAAAUCCACUGAGUUCAGUCUGACAGCUGACGACCUAAUGUGUACGAGGGCCUCCUAACUCUCUCCUGAUUGCAGGGGAGAGAAGGAUUGGGCCAUUGGAUAUGCCCUACCCUUGUGUUCUCAGGAAAAUAAGCAACUUCCAAAGGCAAUCUGUCAACAGCUUACUCCAUCUCCAUUGAGAGCUUGGUACACUUAGCCAUGCAUGCAUGGGAGGUUGGGAGAAAUAGCUCACCAGCUAUCUAAAAUGUAUGGCCAACGCUAGACUGGCCCUAAGUACCCUUACAGCACCUGGCCACCUCUGUUGACGUCAUGCUAUAACCAAUGGUGAAUGAAGCCAUGUUCAAUGACAUUUUGAGAUUGUCCUGACUCUUUUCUUCUGCCAAUGCAUGAUGAUAGGUCUCAUGUCACCUUUCAUACUGUGGUACUCCUCCAAAAUUUUUUAGUUUUUUUAAAACAAGGAUAUUUCUUUGAUAUCCCAUUAAGGGGUCAUUAAAGGGGUUGUCUCAUCCUAGACAUUGGUGGCAUAUCACGAGGAUAUGCCAUCAAAGUCAUAUAAGUUUGGGUCCUACUUCUGAGACCUAUAUCUGUAUCUCCAGAAUAGGACCCCCAAAGUGUGCGUAGAGCAGCCACCCUCCACUUCCGAAAAACAGCCGAGCGUGCUUGUGCAGCUUUUUUUGAAACUCAUAGAAAUAAAUAGAGACGGGACCGCACAUGCACAGUGUGUUCUCCUUCACUUUCGGGCACCCGUUCUGGAGAUGGGUGUUGGUAACAUAGUAGUAACAUAGUACAUAAGGCCGAAAAAAGCCCUCUGUCCAUCCAGUUUGGCCUGUCAUCCUGCAAGUUGAUCCAGAGGCAAAAAAAACGGUGAGGUCGAAGCCAA